GCCACCGAGCCACAGAGCAAAGCCGGCAGCAUAGCAAUCGCUGCUAAGCCAUCUAGCAUAGCCGAAGAAGCCUUUUGCUCGAUCGCGUACCUACUAUUUCAUUUGCACGAAAGUUAUAUUGCGAACGGAAUAGAUGUUGAAAAUCAUUUCGCUUCCGUCUAUCCAGUAGAGUGGUCGUGCUUCUUUUUGGGGUCCUUCAUAGGCGCAUCUAAGAGUAUAAUCAGACCCAUACUCGGUUCACACAACAAGCCAAUCAGUGAACGGUACACAUUACGUUAGCAUUUUUGUGUAAUUUGUCCGAAGAAGUUAAACGAUUUUUAUAAACUUUCAUCAAUGUUUUAUAGUUAUUGAUUGUUUUCUGCCUACUUGUUCCUUUUCAAUUCUAGAAUCAAUCAAUGAUAAUUAAUUAUUACAGCUGAUUGUAAACAUAGGAAACACGAAAGAUAAAAGUUUUACGGAAUGCAUAUUCCCCGGUGCAAUAGUUGAAUUGAACGAGUUUUCUAAUCUUAUGCUUUAGUUUGAUUGGGGAGGAACUAUAAUGUGUAAAAUAUUCAAAAUAUUUCUAUAGGUACAAGUGUAUAGUGAUUGUUUUAUACCGAAUAUUAUUAUGUGAGUGAAUGUUGUUUUUUUCUGUAUGAUAAAGAAAAACAUAGCACGAGCGCAAAAAGUGGAAGAAGAUUGAAUAAAGCUUGUGUGGUAUUUCAUGUCGUUUAUCUUGAUAAAUAUUGAAUGAUCGAAGUUGCUCUUUUAAGACGACCUGACUAUUUCAACACCGCUACAUCCAAAAUAUCAACAUCGCUACAAUCCACAGUCAAAAUUCCUCCACGUCAGAUUUGAACACUGUCCGGUACAAGAUCUGAAAGCAGAUUAUCCCCAUACAUUUCGAAGGAUUCUUGCGCGUGAGGGUGAUAACAAACAGCGGAAACAUACAUAGCAUCAUAAAGCUGCCUCAUCAUCUUUCACGCCAAAUUGAUAUUGUAUGUUCGUGCAGCAUAGGAUAACAGAAUAUAAUUAAACCUAUUAUUUCACCGGACGACCAGGAACCAGGACGCACUUGCAGAAACAUCAUUAAGAUUGGUGUCAGCUAUAGCUGCUGUCGCCCUCAGUAAGUAAUACGACCUACACACACAACGAUGAGACGAAUUAUUGUAAUCAGUAUCCUAGUAAAUCUACUGUACGGCGCGAUUGCAGCUCCAGUAGAUCGAUCGCAACUUCUUUCGUCAAUUCAGGAUAUUCAACGAAAGUAUGUCACUCUUGAGAAUGAAGAAACGCAAUCGAAAGAAAAAAGUGGUAAUGAACUAGAGAAUAUAAACGACAGUAAACCGGAAGUUGAUGUGGACAAUAUUGAAAAUAUGGAAGCUGUAGCAGAAAGCAUCGAAAACGAGUCAACCAAAGAAUCAUUACGGAAGGCGAAACUGCUACAAUCAAAAUCUUCGGAAGAUCAAACCACCCAAGGCACAAAGCGGAAAAAUAAAAUGUUUGGCUACUAUGGGUAUUAUCCACAGCCCGCAUAUCCGCAACCUAUGGUGUUCCCAUCAUACUAUCCUUUAGAAUACUUUGACGAUUAUUCUUCACUCGAAAGUUAUCAAAACAUAAACCCACUAGCCAAUGUACAAAACUAUCAGCAGAAUUUCGCAGCACUGCAAAACAUGGCGGCACUACAAAGUUUGAAUAACCAACCCAAUUUAGCUUCAACCAAUCUUCCAAAUCUUGGAAAUUUGAACAAUAAUCAGGCUGCUCAGGAUUAUCAGAAUUUUGGUGGUUUCCCAUCGGCAGAAAAUCUUCAGAACAUGGAUGACGAAGAAAUUUUGUCUCGCACUAACCAAGCAGUUCGACGACGCCCCAAUCAGAAAAAUUCUCCAAUUUAUUAUAUUCGCCUACCGCCAACUCCAUACAUGUUUGUUCCUGGGAUCGGAUACAUUUCACAGCCCCCGACAAUUCAACCGAUGGCGCCAACUAUACCUCAGUAUCCACAGUUGGCUCCACCAGUUACCAUGAGUCCAUUUUACAAUCUGCCACUCAAUUUCGUAUCUAACGGUAAACCAUCAGGUAUUUACCAGUGGAGCGGAGCGCCUUCACCUGCACCGAUGCCGCAGCCAGCGUUUGCCUUACCAUAUCCUGGUGUUCGACCACUACCACAUCGUCCUGCGUUUAGGCCAAAUCCGUUUGUUCAGGAUUCUAAAAUCACUCAUCUGAAAGGUCCUUUCAUAUUCAACGGAAGACCCGAGGAAAUAUUCCUGUUGCAGAAUUCAAUCAAUCCGUUCUUCCAAACUCCGAUUAAUCCCAUAAGUCCAUACGGUGGAUAUUAUUAGGACAUACCGUUAGACCUGUAUCUAUACCUGUUUAUGAUAAUUACAAACAAAGCAGGCUGUUUUGGUGGUUUAUAUUUGUGUAGAAAGUGUUUUUCAUGCAUUUGAGCGACCAGUUUAUCCUUCAGGUAGAGUUGAGAAUAGAAGCAGCUAGAAGUUUCGUGAACCUAUAUCAGAGAUAUGUUUGUUUAAAAUUGUAAUAACGCCAUAAGAAACUAUUUCUCUUAUGUUUUACCCUAUGAUAAUCAUAUGCGGAAAUCCUGGUCAUUGUUGCAAUUGACAUUAAUUAACGACAAAAUUUGAAAAAAGUGGCAUACUAAGAUCUUGCAGAGACUAAGAUACUUGAAAUUAUUUUGGACGUUCAUACCUGCAGUAGAUAAACUAUGUAGCUAAGAUGUAGACAAACCUAGAUCACUGUCUCAGAUACUGUAGUCUAAUAAGCUUUGCUAAAAGUGUAAAAACUCUUUCACGUAAGUGGAACCACUAAUGCAUAUUGCCUUGCUUCAAAGUGCCUCAUAUUAUAUUAAUUGUAAAGCUUGAAAUAUAAUUUAAUCGUAUACUAUUUAUCGUCUGCGAUCAUAAAAUGAUUGCUUCCCGUUCACAAUUUUCGUAGAAAUAACCUGUGUUCAAAAGAAAUUUAUUAUCGAGACUAUGUUGAACACAAUCUUGUACGCAAUUAAAUAUUAUAAGUUCUAUGCAACUUGAUGAAAUAAUUCUUGCCAAGUCUGAGGGAUCCGCAGAUACCUCUGCUCUGAAAGAGCUUUAUGAGAAAUAUUUCAUUGACUUGUCUUCGUAUCUUAAGUCAUAAUUUAACAACGGAAUGAAAAUAUUGACAAUACAUAACUUAGAUUUUUACAUAAAAACCGUUGCUUUCGAAUUGCUCAACAAGCUUGAGCUUGUUCGAUCGACGUUUUUUUUCGUAUUCUUAAAGAAACUACAUGCCUAAACGAGCUUAGCAAAUAGCACAUAUUCGAAUAAGUCAAUGAGUAUAGUAGAGCAAAUUCAAUGUUGGAGUAAUUAACACAAUGUGCAUUAUCAAUAAGCGAAAGAUAUUAAAAAGCAAGAAUUUCUUUUUAUGUUGUGUUAGCUGUUUGCGCUUGUAAAUGAUGACAACAUGCGGACAAAACUACAGCGUACUUCUAAUGCGACUAGUAUAAUUAUUAAUAUUAAUAAUAUUAUUAUUAUUAAAUAUUUUAUUAUUUAUAUUGACUGUUUCGGACAUGUUUAAAAUUGUUUCUGAAUUCUCUUACCCAUAGUAUUAAAUUGAACGUAUAGUAGUGUAUGAAAUCCAGUGGAAAAGUUCUGGAGUAUGAAAAACUAAAUAAUAGUAGAACAUCGGAGCUUAGAUAACAAAUUGUACUGAUUACGUGUAGAAAUAAAAGGUAGUUUUCCAAUUCGAA